UCCCGACCGCCGGCCUCGGCCCACGGCCACCGCGGCCGCUCCCGACGGCCCAGCCCUCGGACCCAGCGGCCGGCCCAGCGCGGCCCACAGGCCGGUGCCCUCAGGGAUCAUGGCCCAAGUAGCAAUGUCUACCCUGCCAGUGGGAGGUGAGGAGUCCUCGGAGAGCAGGAUGGUGGUCACGUUCCUUGUGUCUGCUCUUGAGUCGAUGUGUAAAGAACUGGCCAAGUCCAAGGCUGAAGUGGCCUGCAUCGCAAUGUACGAAACAGACCUGUUUGUCGUUGGAACCGAGAAAGGACGCGCCUUCGUCAAUGCCAGGACAGAUUUUCAGAAAGAUUUUGCAAAAUACUGCCUUGCUGGAGGGCUGCAGGAGGUGAAGCCUCUGGGCGCCGAGAACAGGCCGCAGGCCGUCUCGGGGGAGACAGAAAUCCUCCGAAAAGCAGUCGAGGACUAUUUCUGCUUUUGUUACGGCAAAGCCUUAGGCACAACAGCGAUGAUACCUGUUCCCUAUGAGAAGAUGCUGAGACACCAGUCAGCCAUGGUCGUGCAGGGGCUUCCGGAAGGAAUCGCCUUUAAACACCCUGAGAAUUAUGACCUUGCAACCCUGAAACGGAUUUUGGAGAACAAAGCAGGGAUUUCUUUCAUCAUAAACAGACCUUUCCUGGACCCAGCGGAUCAGCGAGGUAGUCACGUGACUGUAACAGAUGCUGAAAGAGCAGCCAAAUCGCCGGGCGAAAGUUGUGGCCCCAUCAGAGUGAAAACUGAGCCCAUGGAAAUGUCUGGAAUUUCCCUGAAGGCAGCAGCGGUGUCAGUCAAGAAAGAAUCAGAAGAUGCUAAUUACUAUCAGUGUAAUUUACAAGGAAGCCGUCAUUCUUCCUCCAGCAGUGACGUGAUAGAAAUGGAGUUACCAAUGGAAGAUUCUACUCAGCUUGUCCCUUCAGAAACAAGUGAAGAGGCUGAAGCUGAGGUGAAGGUUGAAGCAAACGCACGGGGUUCUCUAGUUGGUCGCCGUGGAGUCUGUUCCGACUCACGACAGCCCCGUGUGCGCAGAGCAGAACUGCCGCGGUGUUUUCAAGGCUGCCGCCUUUGGAGACCUUCUUCCCAGGUGUCUGGAAACUCAAAUUCAUCUACUGUUACAAGUUCUGCAGCAGGUGUUGAGGAUCUUAACAUCGUUCAGGUGACAGUUCCAGAUAAUGAGAAGGAAAGGUUAUCAAGUGCUGAAAAGAUUAAACAGCUGAGAGAACAAGUCAGUGAGCUCUUUAGCAGAAAAUUUGGUGAGGCAAUUGGAGUAAAUUUCCCUGUGAAAGUUCCCUACAGGAAAAUCACAUUCAACCCUGGAUGCGUGGUGGUCGACGGCAUGCCUGCGGGGGUGGCAUUCAAAGCCCCCGGCUACCUGGAAAUCAGCUCCAUGAGGAGGAUCUUGGAUGCUGCCGAGUGUAUCAAGUUCACAGUCGUCCGACCGCUUCCAGGAAUUGAGCUGAGUACUGUUGGAAAACGAAAGAUAGACCAAGAGGGCCGUGUAUUUCAGGAGAAGUGGGAGAGAGCGUACUUCUUCGUGGACGUGCACAAUAUUCCCAUAUGUUUGAUAUGCAAACAGAGCAUGUCUGUGUCAAAAGAGUACAACCUAAGACGCCACUACCAGACCAACCACAGCAAGCACUUCGACCAGUAUACCGAAAAGACGCGGGACGAGAAGCUUCGCGAGCUGAAAAAGGGACUCACGGAGUGUCUCUUCGGGUCAACAGAAAUCGUGUGUCCUGAGAAAAGCCAGGUGUUUGCAGAUGUGAGCCCAGCAGAAAACAUGGUCGUGCAGCCUGUAGAAGAUGUGGCUGGGAACUUAUGGGAGAAGUUACGGGAGAAAAUCAGAUCGUUUGUGGCAUAUUCUCUUGCGAUCGAUGAAAUCACAGAUACAAACAAUACCACUCAGUUGGCCAUCUUCAUUCGUGGUGUUGAUGAGAAUUUUGAUGUCUCUGAAGAACUUUUGGAUACAGUGCCCAUGACAGGUACAAAAUCUGGAAAUGAGAUAUUUUUACGUGUUGAGAAAAGUCUUAAAAAGUUUAAUAUCAACUGGUCAAAAUUAGUAAGUGUGGCCUCAACGGGCACUCCCACGAUGGUCAAUGUAAAUGAUGGACUUGUUACAAAGCUGAAAUCCAAGGUGGCCAUGUUGUGCAAGGGCUCCAGUCUUAAGUCUGUCUGUUGCAUUAUUCACCAGGAAUCACUUUGUGCUCAGAAGUUAAAGAUGGACCAUGUCAUGGACGUGGUGGUUAGCUCAGUGAACUGGAUAUGCUCCCGUGGACUGAACCACAGAGAGUUCACGACGUUGCUUUAUGAACUGGACAACCAAUAUGGCAGCCUUUUGUACCACACAGAGAUAAAGUGGCUGAGUCGCGGGUUGGUGCUGAAGAGAUUUUUUGAAUCAUUGAAAGAAAUUGAGUCAUUCAUGUUAUCUAAAGGAAAACCCGUGCCUCAGCUGAGCUCUAAAGAUUGGAUCAAAGACUUGGCUUUCUUGGUUGACAUGACAAUGCACCUCAACACUUUGAACAUAUCUCUACAAGGGCACUCACAAGUAGUCACACAAAUGUAUGACUUGAUUCGGGCAUUCGUCGCAAAGUUGUGCCUUUGGGAAACUCACUUGGCCAGAAAUAACUUGGCCCACUUUCCCACCCUGAAGUCCGUUUCCAGAGAUGAGAGCGACGGCUUGAACUACAUCCCCAAAAUUGCAGGAUUAAAGACUGAGUUCCAGAACAGGUUGUCUGACUUCAAGCUCUAUGAAAGCGAGCUGACCCUCUUCAGCUCUCCGUUCUCCGUGAAGAUCGACAGCGUGCACGAGGAGCUUCAGAUGGAGAUUAUCGAUCUGCAAUGCAACAAGAUACUGAAAACGAAGUACGACAAGUUCGGGAUACCCGAAUUCUACAAAUACCUCUGGAGUAGCUACCCGAAAUACAAGAACCACUGUGCCAAGAUUCUGUCCAUGUUCGGGAGCACCUACAUUUGUGAACAGCUGUUUUCUAUCAUGAAACUGAGUAAAACUAAGUAUCACUCCCACCUAAAGGAUUCACAGUGGGACUCUGUCCUGCACAUCUCAACGUCAUGAAGAGACUUGGACUGGAAGCCUCUAGUCCCAAGGGAUUGUGAGGUGAGAAAAUGAGUAAAUAUUUCUGGUUUUCAGCAUUUUCCCUUUUGAAUUAGAAAUAUCAUAUGCAGUAUCAUACCUGUUUGUAUGACAUUUUACGCUUCACCAUAGUUCAGUAAAAACAAAGUUUUAUUGUGUUUCUCAUAAUUGGUGUUUCUUAUGCCUGCCUGUUUCCUUCGUUUACAUUACCUGCUGACACUGGAGUUGGCAUCUUGAAGUUAAAAUCCAUCAGCAGAGAAGUAGAGACAGCGUGUGUCUUCAUUUAGGGGUACAUAGGUACACAGAUUUAUUACCCCCCUUUGCAUGCUAGACCUGCGGCAACAUCACAUUCUCCCACGUGGUCUCACAUGUUUCCAAGUUCAAGCCUAAGGAGAACCAGUUGGAGAUGUACCCACAUGCUAUAGUAUUUCUGUAUCAUCUGUCUCUUCCUCCACACAAACCCAGAAAGGUCCAGCUUAAAAUAGAAAACCCGAAAACAACAUAGACUAUAAAAGACAAAGCAAAUUGAGGUUGUCUUUUUUUUUUUUAAUGUUUUAUUUUGAAAUAAUUUCAAAUUCACAGAAAAAUUGCAAAAAUAGAAGGAACUUUAUAUCCCUUUACCCAGAUUUUUAUAGUUAACAUUUUACUCCUACGCUUUAUUAUUUGUUCACUGUCUCGCUCUUCUCUUUCUCAUAGACGGACGGACGGACAGACGGAUGGAUAUAAAAGCACAUACAUGGAUAUAAAAGCACGUACAGACAUAGAUAUAGAUACAUGUAUAUACAAACGAGCCAAACCCAUUGCUGUCAAGUCGAUUCUGACUCGUAGUGACCCCAUGUUUACAGAGUAGAACUGCCCUGUGGGGUUUUCUUGGUUCGAGUCUUUACAGAAGCAGAUUGCCAGGUCUUUCUUCCACAACACCACCGGGUGAGUUUGAACCACUAGCGUUGACAUUAGUAGUCCAGCACAAACCUCUUGUUCCACAUGGAGGCCUGUAUGCAUAUAUGUUGUUGUUAGGUACCAUCAAGUUUAUUUUCUACUCAGAGUGGCCCCAUGUGACAGAGUAGAACAGCCCCAUAGGGUUUUCAGUGCUGUAAUCUUCUCGGGAGCAAAUUGCCGAUUUUUCUCCUGCGAACCUGCCAGGUGGAUUCGAACUGCCAAAUUAUGGGUUAGCAACCAAGCAGUUAACCACUGCACCACCAGCCUCCUUCAUAUACAUAUAUACACGUACCUAUGAGUCUACAGUGACUGUAUGAAUGAAUGCCUGUGAGUGUCUGUAAUGUGUGUAAAUAUACAGGCAAAGGUUUGUUCUGAACCAUCUUUACUUUUGAUAGCUCGGGGGGUGUUUCCUGAGGAGCACUGUUUACACAGCCGUGGCUCAGUUAUCAGCGUCGGUGACUCCCACACUGAUGCAACACUCUCAGCUGACCGACCGCCCCAUGCCGGUUUGGUCGGUUGACCCAAUAACGUCCGCUGCAGCAUUUUCCUUUGUGGUGGUGGUGUUAGGUGCCAUCGAGUCAGUUCCGACUCACAGUGACCCUAUGCCCAACAGAACGAAACACUGCCCUGUCCUGCUCCAUCCUUACAGUUGUAAUGCUUGAGCUCAUUGUUGCAGCCACUGUGUCAGUCCACCUCGUUGAGGGUCUUCCCCUUUUCUGCUGACCCUGUACUCUGCCAAGCAUGACGUCCUUCUCCAGGGACUGAUCCCUCCUGACAACGUGUCCAAAGUAUGUAUGAUGCGGUCUCGCCAUUCUCGCUUCUAAGGAGCA